AUGCUGGAUGACGGACUCUACUGGAUCCCUAGAAAUUACUCCCAGGUGGUACUGGAGUAUCCUCUGGCGGUGCUCGUCGGGUGUGCAGUGGUCCUCCUUGGAUGUUCCCUAGCCGGCCUGUUAAUUGGUCCCCUACCAGACUUCUCUGACCCGCUGAUGGGUUUUGAGCCUCGAGGAACAUACAUUGGGGUGCGACAGUCUGCCUUGGCCAAGCUUCAGCAGAACACGGGGCCUGGAAAAACACUGUCUCUGAUACCGCAACAGCUCAAAGACAAGACAGCUGGGAGCUAUGGAGACGGUAGCGGAGGGGAUGCCAGUGGGACCCAGGAACAGUCAUCCAGGCAACGGCCUAGAAGAAUGCUGGACAGGGACUCUGCCCAGGACACGUUCCUCUGUGACUCUCCAGGAGACCGCUACGCCCAGCUGGUCUUCCGCUCGGGAAACUCUGCCAGUCUUUGGAGCCUGAAGGCGAUCUACUCCAUGUGUGAGAUGGAGCAGGAAAGGAUUCGUUCACAACCCCACUUCCAAGAUCUCUGCAAGCAACAUAUCCGUUUGGAAGUGGACGGUGCCAUGAUCAGGGGCGGAUGCUGUCCAAGUUGGUCACUGGGAAACUACCUGGCACUUCUCAGCAAUGCCUCAUCCUGUCUCAGCCUGACCUCUUUGCAGGUGACGGAGAGUCUGCACCUACUCCGCUUUUGCGCCCCAUACUACCACGAUGGAAGCCUGGUGGCAUAUUGUGCAGAGAGGGGCAAGCAAGGCCACUGUGCAUCUGUGCCGACUCGGUGCAAACACUCUCGUGCCGUAUUCCAGAUAUUGCAUUACCUGGUUGAUAAGGACUUCCUAGGGCCACAGACAAUAGAAUAUCAGGUCCCCUCACUGAAAUAUAGCCUCCUGUUUCUACCGGUGGAAAAAGGAGAUCACUUGAUGGAGAUAUACAUGAACAGCCUUGAAGGUCGUGAGCUUACAUACAAGAACACUACUAUUACAGGAAUGGACCUAGGCAUCAAGCAAAAGCUAUUCAAGUAUUAUCUGGCUAGGGACGCCAUCUACCCUGUUCUGGCUGUAGUUUCGCUGUUCCUCACCAUGGCCCUUUAUUUGCGGUCACUUUUCCUAUCAGCACUGUCUUUACUCGCAAUUGUGAGUUCGCUCUUGACUUCCUAUUUCUUCUACAAAGUGGUUUUCCAGCUGACAUUCUUCCCUUUCCUCAACUUAGCUUCAGCUCUCGUCCUGUUUGGCAGUUGCUCUAACCAGGCUUUUACUUUCAUUGAUUUCUGGAACCUACAACUAUCCCAGAAUCCACCCGCUUCUCUAGAGAAGAGAGUCAAUCGAGUUCUCCAAGAGGUUGGAUAUUUGAUACUGGCAUCAGGACUGACUUCUAGUGCCACGUUUUUCUCGGGGUUCCUGAGCAGCAUCACAGCAGUGAGAUGCUUUGCUGUGUACCUGGGAACUGCGUCCUUAAUCUGUACUCUCUCCUCCCUUGCGUGGUUGCCCAGCUCUCUCAUUUUGUGUGAGCGCUACACUGUGGCUGCCUCAGCCUCUGUUACUGCUCAGGCCUGGAAGCCUUGCUGCACGAAAAGCCCUGGCGGGUUCUGGGACACAAGCUCGCGAAAGCGGUGCCUCUUCACCUUUGGUCAGAAGCUACGAGGGUUGAAGCGGGGACUAUCCGACACCUCCAAUGUGCUUUUCCUGAAAAUCCUCCCUUGUGGAGUGGUCAAGUUCAGAUACAUUUGGGUCUGCUGGUUCGCAGUGUUGGCCGCAGGAGGAACAUAUAUCUCAGUUAUAGACCCUGGUAUGAGACUACCCACUUUAGACAACAGGGUAACUCAGUUAUUCCGCUCCAGCCAUCCCUUUGAAAGAUAUGAUGCUGAAUAUCGCCACCAAUUCAUGUUUGAACGGCUGGUGAAUGGGGAGGACCAGUUUAUUACAUUAACUCUUGUUUGGGGAGUCAUCCCAACCGAUAAUGGCAAUCACUUUGAUCCAAAAAGCAAUGGAUCUUUAGUUAUGGAUCCAGAGUUUAACAUGAGUAGCCCAGAGGCUCAGGUGUGGUUGAGAGAAUUGUGUGGAAGAGUUCAAAACCAAAGCUUUUAUUUACCCUCAUCGUCAUCGUCUGAAAACGAAGGCUCAACAGACAAUAUCUGUAUUGUCGAGCAACUCAUAGACUGGGUGUCUAUUCGACAUUGCUCAGAGAGUAAGGAUGCUUUUCAUUUUUGCUGCAAUGCUAUUUCUUUUCCUUACCCACCGAGUGUUUUUGAACAAUGCCUGAGUAUGAUGGUGGCCGAGCGGCAUGCAGAGGGUUAUGUGUCCGAGGUUGAAGGCCUACAUUUUGAGGCAGAUGGGCAAAUAGCAGCCCUGGUAAUGGUAUUUAGGACAACGCACCGCUAUAGUUACAACUUUAGUAACACCACCCUUUUCUAUAAUGAUAUUUUGUCAUGGUUUAAUGGAGAAAUUUCUAGGGCACCACUGGGACUUCAGAAAGGAUGGUUUGUGAGCCAGUUGACACUCUUUGACUUGCAACAAUGUCUAAGCUCAGAGACCCUUGUGGUUACUGGGUUCUCUGUAGCGCUGGUGUUUGUCUUGCUUCUUCUGACCACAUGGAAUAUUCCACUGAGUGUUUAUGGCACUGCUGCUGUUGGAGGAAGUGUUUUUGUCACCGUCGGUCUCCUUGUCCUUCUAGAAUGGCAGCUCAGUGGUGUGGAGGCACUCUUCAUAUCAGCUGCUUCUGGGCUGUCUGUUGACUUUUUAGCCAACUACUGCAUAUCAUAUAAUUCAGCUCCACACGCUGAUAGAAUUGGAAGAGUUGCGCAUUCCCUGAAAAGAAUGGGCUGUCCUGUAGCAAUAGGAGCUGUGGCCUUUUGCUGUGCGGGCAUCAUCAUGCUCCCUACUACUGCCUUGUUGUUCAGAAAGCUGGGAAUAUUCCUAUUUCUGGUGAAAUGUGUAGCAUGUGGAUUUGCCACCUUCUUUUUCCAAUCCCUAUGCUGCUUUUUCGGUCCUCAAAAAAACGGUGGGAAAAUAAUGGUGCCAUGUUCAUCUAAACAGGGAACUGAAGGUCUCCCAUCCUGCUCAGCAUCAGAACCUAGGUCCUCGACCUCUGCAGCCAACGGGGCUUUUGGGAGAUCAAGCGUUCAAAGGAAUUUCAAUAAAGACAGGGGUAAUUCCCUUUACCCGAACCAACAGCGUCAUAGACAGCGACAGGUAGGAGGCGGGAGGGAGUCAGAGCAGUAUGAGCUUCAGCCAUUGGCUUAUCAGCUAAGUGAAAGCUUUGAGAACAGCACGUGCACUAGUAAGCUAUCCAACAGACCCUCAGUUCUCUCGGAUGACAUCCAGUUCGGUGGGCUGAGUCCCAGGAGAGAUGUGGAGAGGAGCAACAUUGAGGCAGAUAGUGAAGAGAUCUGUGGUAGGAACCACAAAGGCUGUCACCCACCCCCGGCUUUGCAGACCUCUUCCCCAUACAAAGAGAACACCCUAGGGCCAGUAGUUGCUCCUCCGGGUGACCUGGCUAAUGAAAAGCUAUUGUGCAAGAUGUGCAGAGGACAGUCUGCUGGCAUCAAGCACUGGAACGUAUCGCUGUCCUCUUCCUCAAGCAUUGAGGAAACCAUCAUUAGUCAAACAAUAGAAACAAUUUACCAGCCAUCCCUCUCAAAGGAUGAGGCCCCCAAUAGUCCAUUUGAGCAUCACCCCCACAAACGCCUACUGUCAACUCAGAGUUCAUUUGACGCACUAGAGGAUUUCAAUGAGACUUGCCUGAGUGACGCUGAACCUGGACCCUCAAACCAACAGAUAUCUAUUGAAGCAGAGGGAGAACUUGAACCACAACCAGGGCACCUUAACGGAAAGAGAGACACCUUACGCCUCUCCCUGAGAGAGAUCACCUAUGAGACAGUCUCUCCCGGAUGUGGGAGGGGUCAUACAAGCCUGAGUGAAGGACCAGUCAUGUUGCCAAACAGUAAACCAGAUUUGCCUGAUGUAUGGAUCAAACGAGAUGGGCCAAGGGAAGAUACAAACUGAAUGGGAUUUCAAAAUAAUCUAAGCAUGCAAAAGUUUUCAGUUAAUCGUCAGGCAGCUUCAUUCGCUCAAUCAGAAACUAUCCUUUGAUAAAGUAUUAUCAUAAACAGGUCUAGUUAAUGCAGAUACUGCUUCAUGCGGAAUGUUAUGUUGUGACAAAUAUUCUUCAUAAUGGAUUUAGAAAUGUUGAAAAUUGACAGCCAGACAGACACUGGAACUUGGAUAAUCACUGGCAUUUUUGUCUUGGCCUGAACCACCCUGAUUUAUAUCCAUAAUCUGAAUAAACUAUUGGACAAUAAUGUAAAUUGAACAAAUUGAAUAAUUUCCAAAUACAUUUUAGAUGUGAGAGAAGGUGCUCUUUUGUUUGAACGCAAUGCUUGUGCCAUGCUAUUAGAGGCAAACACCACCAAACAAGAGGCACACCUCACUUUAUCUUAACAUGGUACAAAGUGAUGUAAUUCACAUCACUAAAAGUAGUUCAGAGAUUGUGUUAUAUCAUAUACAUUUUCUAACCAUUUUAAUGUCAGAACGUACCACUCAUUGCUGUUGUUCAAUGCCAAGAAAUGUAACAUUAAUUUGGUAACUGUUAAGACAAUUCUGUGUGUAUUAAUUAUUUAGGGGACCUGAACAGCACUGUUGCAGACUUGCAGGUACAGAGCUAUAUUUGAGCAUUGUCCUUUCGAUAAUGAAAAAGGAAUGUCUUGCUCAUUUAUUGGCAGGCCUGAAUUUGACAAAGGGGGAUAUAUGUUUGCCUCGACGGAAUAUCUGCAGUAUAUGGAUAAUGGUGUACAAUGUGCAGCAUGUGCCAAAUCUUUGCAACAAUCCUUUUUCCAUGAAGAAAAUGUAAAUGUAUGUGUUCUGUGUGAAAAAUGGUUUCAGAUAUGUGUUUUUGGUCCAAAAUGUGGUGUAUCGAAUACAACCCAGAAUCAUUUAUUGAUGUUUUAAUUACGAAGGGUUGAUUGUGGUUUGAUGCAAUGACCUUAACAAGAAAUUGUCAAAUGUGCCUACAAGCAGGGUUAUUUUGAAGUUGUCUCAUCCAAAAGGAUUUCCUUUUGAAAUAACCUGCCUUAGAGAAUGAAAUAACUUAACUUUCGGCUUUUUAAGAGCAGAGAAAACUGAAAGGUUGAAACAACUAUUAAAGCCCAAAUGCAGUCUUUUUAAUGUUAUUUUUAAAACAUACAGUGGCUUGCAAAAGCAUUUUUUUCCUAUUUUGUUGCCUUACAACCUGGAAUUAAAAUGGAUUUUU